GGUAACGGCGGCGGAAGUGAGGCCGGAAGCUCAUGGUCGGGAACCUGACAACCGUCGGUUGGCAGCGAGGAGGCUGAGGGAGGAUCUAGUUUUCAGGAUCUGGUACCUGUUACAGAACUGGUUGAUAACUAUUGUAACUGAUGGUUGAUAUUCAAGCUCUGCAGCCACUUUUGACAUUAAAACGUGCCCAACAAAAAAUGCUGUUCCAAGUGUUGGUGAGCUGUACUUUUAUUGUGAUGUGUUCCACACACGUUCAUCAUAAACAUGAGCCGAUUUCAUCUGAGGACCACUAUAUGGAUGGUGGACACAACUCUGAGUACGAUCGCGAAGUCUUAUUUGGAGGAGAGAAAGAGGUUGGGGAGCUUGCUAAACUGAGCCCUGAGGAACAACAAUCUCGGCUCAAAUCCCUCAUCAAGAAGAUGGAUGUGGAUGCAGAUGGCUUUGUAACCAAAGGUGAGCUCAGUGGAUGGAUCCAACAGUCCUUUAAACAUUAUGCCACAGAGGAGAGCAAAGAACAGUUUCCAGAGCAUGACCUGGAUGGUAAUGGAGUUGUUACAUGGGAAGAGUACAACAUUCAUAGUUAUGACCGAAUGCUGGAUUAUGAUGAAAAUACUCCGCUGGAUGAUGAAGAGGAGGAAUCUCUCAGACAGAUUUUUUUGAAAGAUAAAAAACGAUUUGAGAAUGCAAACAUUGAUGGGUUACCAGGACUGACUCUUACAGAAUUUGUAGCAUUUGAACACCCAGAAGAAGCUGACUAUAUGAAGGAGUAUGUCAUACAGGAUGCUUUAGAUGAACAUGAUCGUGACAAAGAUGGGUUCAUCAGCUUAGAGGAAUUCCUUGGUGACUACAGAAAAGACCCAGGUGCUGAGGAAGAUCCAGAAUGGGUAACUGUGGAACGUGAUCGAUUUGAAAAUGAUUACGACAAAGACAAAGAUGGAAAACUUAAUCAAGAGGAACUCCUAUUGUGGAUUAUUCCCAAUAAUCAGGAUAUUGCACAUGAUGAGGCUGAUCAUCUCGUCAAAGAAAUUGAUACAAAUGGAGAUGAGAAACUUACAGAAGCGGAAAUACUUGUGAGUCAGGAUCUCUUCCUCAACAGUGAAGCAACCGACUAUGGAAGCCAACUACAUGAUGAAAAGUUUUACCAUGAUGAACUUUAAUGGCAGAUGUUCUGAUUGGAUUUUGUUUCAAUCAACAACUAAACUCCUUAGACUACUUUCAAGUAUAUUCACUGGCCGGACAAGUGCUGACCAAUAACUGGUAUUAGUGGAAUGGAAUAGAACAGUCCGAUAGACUUUUAACCAAAGUAGUAUUGUUAUGAAAACAUCCAAUCAUAAUUUUCUACCUACUUUACAAAUAAGUUGGUCCACUCUAAUCUGUGUUGUGCUCUCACAGACUGACAAUUCCUGAGGUAAUUAUAGUCGCCACUACAUUAUAGAAUAUUGAGGCCAGUUUAAAAAUGUGCACAAUGUAUUUCUACCACUUAUUUUGAAAUCAGCCUAACCAUAGAAAAUGUAUGGCACAGAAAGGUGCCAUUUGGCUCAUGCUGGCUAAAGACCUUAUUUAGCUUUAUCCCUUUUUUUUCAGUUCAUGGUGCUAGCCCUGCAGAAUAUAGCAAAAAAAGGGCAUCCACCAGAAGUUUCAAAAGUGAUAAGGGUUUCUGCUUCCCUUAUCUGGGAAUUCCCAGAUCCCAUUACCUGAUGGAAGGAAAAAAUAUAUCUUUGAUCUUUUACUAUUUUCUUAAUCCAUUCUAGCCACUCUUCUCAAUUUUGCAAACCAAAUUUUUUUUGUAAAACGUGGUCAGUCAGCUUUCAGUUGAAUAAGACAACGGAUUGAACCUUAGUAAACUCAGUAAUGGACCUCCUUUCUUCUGACUAGCUAUCAGUUUUAAAUCACAGAAGAAAUCAACAGUGAGGUUACUGUUGCUGUGUUCUUUGUCUAAUCCUAAUUGUGUAUGCACGUUAAUGUGUAUUUACAAUUCUGUGACGUGAAAAUUGAAGAUACUCCCUAACAAACAAGAAAGCUCUCUCCAUACAUUACACUUAUGAUAUGGAUUUUUAAAGUUCUUUAUUUGGCACAUAAUCCACAGCUUCAUUUAGCAAAGCGAGGAAAUGAGGAUAUCUUGUAUAAUGCAGUAGAAGGUAAUCUUCUCCCAUUCAAACUGAAGCACAAAGUGGCAAUUCAGCUUUACCCUACAUAUAACUACAAUGACCUGAUCGAGAGAAUGCUUGAAGCUGAAGCUCACUGUGGAGACAUUGGGAUGUGUUGCAGUCCUCAGCAACAUUGUAACUCACCUCGAUGAACACCUCAUUUCAAAAGAAAAGUCUUUAUUAAAAUCCAAAAACAUAUGCUGCCUUUUAGACUUAAAGCUAUACACUAAAUUGGUCUUGAGCUAUGUAGCCUAGACCAUGCUCCCAUCAGGUGGAAUUUCUUUUAGUUAUAACUUCCGACUCAGAUUGUUUGGAGGAAAAACACUAUUUACAUAAAUGUUAAAUAGUUGCUAAUUUCUAUGUUUUAAUUGUUUAAAGUUAAAUCAACAAAAAAAAAGUUUAUAACAAGUGUUGCUGUUGAUUUUGCUCUGCUUUGUAAUUUAGUAAUUGAGGUAGUUUGUACAAAGGAAUCACCUAUGACAAUCUACUGACGUCCAUUGUUGGAACAUUUUUUUGAGUUAAAGCAUCUGGUUGGUAGCAACAUCAUUUCAUUCUGGCUUUCUGUGAAUAAGUUAUAUAAGUAAACUAGGUAUCAACAACUAUUGAAACUAGAACUUGAUGUAUGAUUGUAGAAUUUCAGCCUCUCUUCCACCUGACCCUCAGUCUCUGAACUAAAAUCUACUAAGUGCUGCUGCUGUAAUUGUUCCAGACCCUAAAUUACUACAUAUGGUUUCACAAGUCUGAAAACUGUAUAGAGCUGUCGGCAUACUAAGUCCAUGUGAAUAAACCUGAAAAUUGAAUUAA